CCUCUCUGCCCCGGUACCCCGCGGCCAACAUGGCGGCUCCCUGUGUGUCGUGCUGCCGAGGGCUUUCCUACCGGCUCUUUCUCGGGCUUAGGGUUAACUUUGCGCAGACGCAGGGGUACUGGCAAACAUUGCCGGUAGACGCGCAGACCGCUCCCGAGUCCCAGAUAUUAAGGCUAAUACAUACCACAGUUGUAACAACAAAGAAAAAUGUUUCAGCCUCAGGACGUGACUCGUACACGGAGGAUUUUAUUAAAAAGCAGAUUGAAGAGUUCAACAUAGGGAAGAGACAUUUAGCCAACAUGAUGGGAGAAGAUCCAGAAACUUUUACCCAAGAGGAUAUUGAUAGAGCUAUUGCUUACCUUUUCCCAAGUGGUUUGUUUGAGAAACGAGCCAGGCCAAUUAUGAAGCAUCCUGAACAGAUUUUUCCAAAACAAAGAGCGAUCCAGUGGGGAGAAGAUGGCCGUCCAUUUCAUUUUCUUUUCUAUACUGGCAAGCAGUCAUAUUAUUCGUUAAUGCAUGAUACAUAUGGAAAGCUGCUACAAUUAGAAAAACACAAUGAUCCAUUUCCACAGAAAACUGAAUCUAUGAACCUGAUUGGCAGCAGAUGGCUGAUUAAGGAGGAACUAGAAGAAAUGUUAGUGGAAAAAUUGUCAGAUCAAGAUUAUAUGCAGUUCAUUCGGCUGCUAGAAAAGUUACUGACAUUGCAGUAUGGUCCUGCUGAAGAAGAAUUCAUACAGAGGUUCCGCAGAAGUGUUACUAUUCAAUCACAAAAGCAGCUGAUUGAACCUUUGCAGUAUGAUGAGCAGGGAAUGGCCUUCAGCACAAGUGAAGGCAGAAGGAAAAGCGCAAGAGCAGAAGCAGUUGUCUACGAACGUGGAAGUGGGAAGAUCAGAGUGAAUGGAAUUGAUUAUCUGCAGUACUUCCCCAUCACACAGGACAGAGAACAGUUAAUGUUCCCGUUUCACUACCUUGACCGGCUGGGAAAGCAUGAUGUAAUCUGCACAGUCUCCGGGGGCGGGAGAUCGGCGCAGGCAGGAGCCAUACGAUUGGCCAUGGCCAAGGCUUUGUGCAGCUUCAUCACCGAGGAUGAGGUUGAAUGGAUGAGACAAGGUAUGCAUCCAGCUGGACUACUUACAUCUGAUCCACGUGUCAGAGAACGGAAGAAGCCAGGCCAGGAGGGUGCCAGAAGAAAGUUCACCUGGAAGAAGCGCUGAGCUUUGAAGAGGCCAGGAGCAGCUGUGUAUGUGCUGGCCACGUGGCAUCAUGACCAAUGCGAGGCAUCACUUAGAAUUUUUCACAAGUUAUGAAAUGAUUUAUUCUUACAUGUUAAAUAAGUGGUUGAAUAAAAAAAGUUUCUGCUUC